CCGGAGCUGCGGCGGCGGAGGGCACUGCAGCAGAAAGAAAAAGCUCCAGCGGCUCCGUGACAUUUUCUAUCCGGACACCGCGACCGAAACUCGGUGCAUCUGAGCGCCGAGAUGCCGGGCAUGAUGGACAAGGGCUCCGAGUAUCUGGGGAAAGGUCGAUCCAACGGGACCAAGAGUCCGUCCAACGCGUCCAACGGAGGACAUUUCUCUGAGGACAGCGGCAGCGACGACGAGCACGAUGUGGGGAUGCGGGUCGGAGCGGACUAUCAGGCCAACAUCCCCGAGUUCGAGCCCGGUUCCACUAAGUACCCGGACAAGGACAGUGGAGGGAUGUUGGUCUGGUCCCCGUAUCACUCCAUCCUGGACUCCAAGUUGGACGAGUACAUCGCGCUGGCCAAAGAGAAACACGGAUACAACGUGGAGCAGGCUCUUGGCAUGCUCUUCUGGCACAAACACAACAUAGAGAAGUCUCUGGCCGACCUCCCAAACUUCACGCCGUUUCCUGACGAGUGGACGGUGGAGGACAAGGUUCUGUUCGAACAGGCGUUCAGCUUCCACGGGAAGAGCUUCCACCGCAUCCAGCAGAUGCUGCCGGACAAAUCCAUCUCCAGCCUGGUGAAGUAUUACUACUCGUGGAAGAAGACCCGCUCCCGGACCAGUCUGAUGGACCGACAGGCUCGUAAACUGGCCAACAGGAGCAACCAGGACGUCAGUGACGAGGAGAUGGAGGAGGCGAAUCCCAUCGAGGCCCACGACAGUGACUACGACCCCAACAAGGAAGCAAAGAAAGAGACCCAGGUGGAGCCGGUGGUGCCGGGCUCUAAGGUGGCGCUGGGUCGCCGGGAGCACCAGACCCUGCAGCACCGACACCACCAGCGCUCCCGUUGCCGCCCCCCCAAAGGCAUGUACCUGACGCAGGAGGACGUGGUGGCCGUGUCCUGCAGCGCCUCCGCCGCCAACACCCUCCUCCGCCAGCUGGACAUGGAGCUGGUGUCCCUCAAGAGACAGGUGCAGAACGCCAAGCAGAUGAACAGCGGACUCAAACACCUGCUGGAGUCCGGGAUCGAGGACCUCCGGCUCCCUGAGUGUAACCAGAAGGUGAACGCCCGCUGGACCACGGACGAGCAGCUCCUGGCAGUGCAAGGUGUCCGGAAAUACGGAAAAGACUUUCAGGCCAUCGCAGACGUCAUAGGCAACAAGACGGUCGGCCAGGUGAAGAACUUCUUUGUGAACUACCGACGGCGGUUCAACCUGGAGGAGGUGCUGCAGGAGUGGGAGGCGGAGCAGGGAACACGAGCUCCCAACGGAGACAGCGCCACCUCAGGAGAGGAGGGAAAGAACAGCUCUACCACUCCAUCAGGGAAGAGCACUGACGAGGAAGACGAAGAGGGUCAGGUGACCUCCUCAGGUGCGUCUCCUGCUGCCUCCUCGUCUUCCUCGGCUCAGACUCUGGUGACGUCAAGCAGCUCCUCCUCUUCUCUCCACCAGCCCCCUCCCCUCCUCCGGCCCUCCCUACCAGCCACGCCCUCCCUGCACCGCCAGCCUCCGCCCCUCCAGCAGCAGGCUCGCUUCCUGCAGCCCCGCCCCACGCUGCAGCAGCCCCCGCCUCUCAUCCGCCCCUCCAACCCCCUGCCCCCCCGCCUCAACCCCCGCCCUCCUGCUCCCAUGACCCUCAGUGGGAACCCGGGGGCGUCAGGCCCGAGCUCCGCCCAGCAGCCCUCGGGCCUGGCCCUCCACCAAUCGGAGACGGCCUCGUCUUCCUCCCUCCACUAACGGAAAGAAAGAAAGUUCAGUUUCCAUGGAAGCUGCUGCAUUCAGGUCCUGUGGGAAAAUCGGAUUAUUGAGGUUCAAAUAAGCGACAGUUUCACUUCUGACCAACUUCUCCAGUGUUAAACCACAAGAACAUAAAAGUGACUCAUUUACACGGGAUCCAGAAGCAGAUCUCUGCUGAUGUGUUUCCCACAGGACGUACCUGCAGCACCGGCUGCCUGAUGGACCCUGGUUCUAACAUCUCUGUGUUGUUUGGGAGGUUGGACUGAAACUUAGUCUUGAAACAGAAAUUAAACCUCAACAAACACGUGUUCCAUCCACAGGGUUCCACUCUGGAUCCCCUUUGGUUCUCUGUCUGUGUGUGUCGCCUUAAACACCAACAACAAGGACACAACAGCACCUGGAAAACAUUAUCACUUUAACAUCAUGAACGACCCUUUAAACACAAUAAGACUAAAGGCCUUUGCACAUCAAUGCGACACAAAUUAAUUAAAUAAAUUGAAGGUGAAGCUCGAUUUUUCAUAUUUAUAAAAACAAGACUAAAUCCUGCCUCGUACAGAUGAAUUCAUUUCUCAGACUGGGUGGAGGAGGAAGUUGUUGUUCUACGUCUUCUGUUUCAAAAGGAGAAAAUCCUCAACAACAUGGAUUCUGAUUGGAUGGAAAUUUUACAAUGUGUCUUAGUUCAAAAAGCCAAAAGCCUCGGUCAUUGGCUCGAUACAGAUUUGGAAUCUAUUAAUAGCAUGAAAUAAAUCCCACAAAGAAAACGUGUCAGUGUGCAAAGGCCUGAAGAGUCGACUCACAUGCUAGCAGCCUCGUGAGGAUGGAGUUGAAUGUUUCGUGUUUACCAUCUUCACAGUCUUCAGCAAACACGCUAACAUUUGUAACUUGAAUCAUUGUGAUUUCUAAGAGUUUCAAGUUUCAUCUGUUGAGUUUUAUGUUGUCAUGCUUGUUUUAGGCUUCACCUCGUGAGGAAGAAUUCUUUAACGUGUAAUGAUCUCACGAGCUGUCAUUUAGCGCCACCCUCAGGGUAAACGUUACAUUUAUAUCUUGAUUUUAAGAAAAAGAUAAAUCGUUCACAUUGUGGUUGUAAUGAAAACUGCUGCAGCCUCCAGGGGGCGCUAGUUAGACUGUGAACUGUUCUAAAGGAUCAGACCCAAACCCUAAAACAUGAAGGCCAAAUAUCUUGAACACAAACGCUGCCAUCUUGUGGCGAUGACGUCAUUUACAGUCAGAGUCAGUGCAGCAGUGAUAGUGGUAUCAAGGUCCCGCCCAUACAUACUCUCGCCAAAUGAGGAGUGAGUCUCAGCUGUCAAUCAUGACGUCUGGUUUUAGUUUGGUCCCAUCUGCUAACAUUCAGGAGGCGGGGUUUCUGAGCUAUACUGCAGCCGGCCACCAGGGGUUCACACUUUGGCUUCACUUUCGGGAACUCUCAUGUCGUCCAUCUUUAUUUACAGUCGCUUCUAACUGAAGAUAUAAAUCUGUAGCUUUGAUCAAACAGGAAAACGUCGCAUUUUUCGGGGACAACUUCCUGCGGUGGAUUAAUCUACACGUGGUUCAGGGAUUUCUUGAGAAAGAGAAAACUAGAAAAUCUCCAGACGUGUACAGAUGUUAACAGUUUGAAUGAUUUGUAACCUGCCAUCAAUCAUCAAUCAUCAAUCAUCAAUAACCUGUCGAUCUUUUCACAAAGACUUCAAACAGACGUCCUCCAGGAUCGAUCUUCUGAUUAAACAUGUCCUCCAGUCUUAUCGAUGUUCUGUUGUUGGGUUUAAUGUUCUCACAGUCGAUGUUUACGUUUGAAAACUAGAAACUCGACUGGUCACCAUCUCUGUUAUUUAUUCUUCUUCUUCUUCCUGGUGCUCUUAAUGCUGAUUGGACGAACAUGUAUCACAACAUUUGAGUUUCAGUAGAAUCUGUAAAAUAUGGAUGUGAACGUGAAGCUGCUGAAGUCUCAUUAAAAACUGCAUUUAUAUCAUCA